AUGAUUAUCACUGGUAAUGAUCCACAGGCCAUAUCCGAUCUCCAACACUACCUUGGUCAACAUUUUGAAAUGAAAGACCUUGGGUCUCUCAACUACUUUCUUGGUCUUGAAUUCUCUCGGCGCUCGGACGGGUAUCUAUUGUCCCAAGCUAAAUAUGCCUCUGAUCUUUUAGCCCGCUCAGGAAUUACUGACUCUAACACAGCUUCAACGCCGUUAGAUCCCAAUGUUCAUUUAACCCCUUAUGAUGGUUUUCCUCUUGAAGAUGUCAGUCUGUACGGGCAACUCGUUGGCAGUCUCAUCUAUCUAACAGUGACUCGCCCAGACAUUGCAUAUGCUGUUCACAUUGUUAGCCAAUUUAUGGCUGCUCCUCGAACCAUCCACUUUACUGCCGUACUUCGUAUCCUUCGCUAUGUCAAGGGAACCUUGGGACAUGGACUUCAGUUUUCUUCUCAAUCCUCUCUUGUAUUAUCUGGCUAUUUCGAUGCAGAUUGGGCUGGGGAUCCCACUGAUCGGCGUUCUACAACCGGUUACUGCUUCUACUUAGGCGAUUUUCUCAUUUCUUGGUGUAGUAAGAAACAAAGUGUUGUCUCUCGUUCUAGUACUGAAUCAGAAUAUCGUGCUCUUGCUCAUGCUACCGCCGAACUUAUAUGGCUUCAUUGGCUUCUUGUUGAUAUGGGUGUUCCCUAG